AUGGCGACUGACGAUUAUAACACACGAGACGAGUAUAAUACGACGCGUAAUUUAAAGGUAGACCAGCACAAUAUAACGGUCGGACGUCGGAACACCGGUCAAUACCCACAAGGUCCCCACGGACGUCAAAGGCAGCGACGUCCGAUGACAAGAGAGACGGGGCAACUGGUUGUAGACACACCGGCGCGCCGGCACAACAUGCAAAAUAGCCAGCCAGGUCGAUACCACGUCGGGUGGGAAGGGGAAUACGCAAGAUUAGUCGGCGGCCUACAGGUAGAGUCGCCAACACUGAUAGCGGCACGAUUUUGCGACGACUUGCGUAAACAAUACCAAUUUUCAUAA